UGGAGAUUUGGGGUUCUCGCCAAGCUUCAUGAAGCACACAUGGCUAACAAGGGUCGCAUUGUCGAGUAAACAAAACAUCCCAACAGCCCUAGUGACUUGCAGAUGCGAACCUUUAAGUGACAUUACAUACAUUCGGGAUUUUUUACCUGCCGGAAGCACCGUUCAGUGUAACCAUCAUUUUGAUACUCAAGUGUUCAUUUUUGAGAUUGACGCGUAGAGCCGUGGCUUAAGAUGGCGUCGAACCUGGAUGAUGAGAUUGACGACUUGCAAGCGAAGGUCUCCUCUCUCAAAAAGGAACUUCGCAUUCACACGUCAACUCUCAUCACCGCCCCAUCGACCCGCCAGCUCCUAGCCCAAGACACACCCACUUCGUCCUCCGCCUCCAAAACGCAGCAUCAACAACAACAAAAAGCCCUCCUCGCCGAUUCCGCCGACCAGCACGAAGCCCACGCCCAACAGUGCCUCUACCGCGCCUGCGCCACACUCACCACCUUCCGCGCGCGGGACCCCGACCCGCGCGCCGUCGAUAGCGGCGCCAUCUUGGGCCUGCGCAUCGAGGUCCUCAGUCGCGCCCGCUUUCUGCGCCCGUACUACGUCCUCCUAAACCGACCCUUUACCGGAGCCGAGGGGAGCCGCCACCUCCGCGUGCACCGGCAUACCCUCCCGGCUUGUAUCCCCCUUGCGGGGCUGGCAGCGAGGUACUUGCCACCUCCCCCGGCGGCGGCAAAGGAGGGGAGUCGCGGUGCGAAAGGGCAGGACCUAGCGAGAUUUGCACGCGCGGUGAGGAGGGAGGUGGUGAGGUAUCAUCAUCGUCUUGGGGUGGUCGCGGAUUUAAGGAAGGCAGCGGGGGUGGGGAGGGAAACAGAUGCCGAGUUUGGGGAGGAGGAGCGGCCGGAUAGGCUCACGGAUAUCACGCCAGCCGAUGCCGAGGUGAAGCAGCUUACCAUUGAGUGGGCUGACGGUCGGACCGGCCGGCUGGUUAUGGGCGAUGAUGGGGAGAUUCUGAAGUUGGUGGUGCUAGGCGAGAACGGCCGGGACCGGGAGGCUGCGAGGGGCUUGCUGGGCGGAGCUGCCACGGCCGAGGAUGUGGUGAAACGGUUGGCGGCAUCCGUUUGAUUCGGCCCGGCAUUUACAACGCGCACAUCUUUACAUCUCCUCCUUUCUCUAUUCUUACAGGGUCUGGGGAAGUAUCGCACCCCAAAAGUGACAGUACCCAUCAACGAGGCACUCUGGAACCGACCCCGCCCAGGUCGCUCGCCGCCACUCCACCGUCGCGUGCCCCGAAGUAACGCGCGCAACAAUCGAGCGUCGAUGAAAUCGGCAGAAGAAACGCUCAAGGUCGGACA